AGUAGCUGGAAACACUAUGAUCCUGCUUCUGUCUUUGGAGAUCUUAUUUCUCUCUGUCUUUUCGACUGAGAUACUUUCAUCUGUUUCAUCAUCUUUCCUGUAUUGGAAUUUUGGAGCUUUUGCUUUUGA